GCGCACGGCUUGUAAUCCCUGAGCGAGGGCGGGUCGGGCCAGCUACGCGUGCGCACGGGGCCCGGGGGCGCGCCGGACGAAAGCGGAGCGAAGGCGCCUGGGAGGUGGUAGAAGAGCCCCCCUCAGGUACUGAGGGAGCGUGAGGGCGGGCCAGACGGCGCGCAGGCCGGCGCCAACCGCCCCCGCCUCCCUCCUGCGGGGUCCCGCCUUCCUCCACCUCCGCCGGGGCGGGGCCAGGCCGAUUUGGGGGCGAGCAGGGCGGAGGAUGGAGACCGGGCAGGACCUGGACUGACCGCGGAGGCUCGGGCCUGGCAGUCGCAGGGAUGAGCACCGCGGAGGACUUCGGGCCCGAAAGCCCGUGGAGGGCCCCGGAGCUCCAGGUUACCACCAAAGAACAUCGUUCUGGUCUAGGGGCUCUAGUUUCUGAAGCUGAAAAAAACCAGAAUACUCUCCAGCUAGAACAAGAAGUGAAAAACCAAGAUAAAUUCAUCUCUACACUGAAAUUACAGAUUGAAGAUCUCAAACAGACAAAUCAUGGCUUGGAAGAAUAUAUUAGGAAACUCUUGGAUAGUAAGGAAGUGGUAAGCAGUCAAGUAGAUGAUUUAACCAGCCACAAUGAGCAUCUUUGUAAAGAAUUAAUUAAAAUUGACCAACUAGCAGAGCAACUAGAAGAAGAGAAAAAUUUUGUGGUGGAUACCGCUGACAAGGAACUUGGAGAAGCAAAGAUUGAACUUAUAUACCAACAAAAUAAUAUAACAGUAUUGGAAAGUAAAAUAAAAAGACUUAGAUCUAUAAUUUUAGAGACUGAAAAAGCACAAAAUCAAUCUCCUUCUAGACUUGAUUCUUUUGUCAAGAGUUUAGAAGCAGACAGAGAUUACUACAAAGGUGAAGCUCAACAUUUGAGAAAAAUGCUCAGAAAUAGAUCUAAAAGCCCAAGACGCCCAUCUCCAUCUUCCAGGGGUGCAAACUGUGAUGUAGAGCUUUUGAAGUCAACAACAAGAGAUCGUGAAGAACUCAAAUGCAUGCUGGAAAAAUAUGAGCGUCAUUUGGCAGAAAUUCAGGGUAAUGUCAAAGUUCUUACAUCUGAGAGAGACAAGACCUUCCUUCUUUAUGAACAGGCACAGGAGGAAAUUGCCCGACUUCGACGAGAAAUGAUGAAAAACUGUAAGUCUCCUAAAUCAACAACAGCGCAUGCUAUUCUCCGGCGGGUGGAGACUGAGAGAGAUGUAGCCUUCACUGAUUUACGAAGAAUGACCACAGAGAGAGACAGUCUGAGGGAAAGACUAAAGAUUGCUCAAGAGACAGCUUUUAAUGAGAAGGCCCAUUUGGAACAAAGAAUAGAAGAGCUGGAGUGUACAGUUCAUAAUCUUGAUGACGAACGGAUGGAACAAAUGUCAAAUAUGACUUUGAUGAAGGAAACCAUAACCACUGUGGAAAAAGAAAUGAAAUCACUAGCAAGAAAGGCAAUGGAUACUGAGAGUGAACUUGGCAGACAAAAAGCAGAGAAUAAUUCUUUGAGACUUUUAUAUGAAAACACAGAAAAAGACCUUUCUGAUACUCAACGACACCUUGCUAAGAAAAAGUAUGAGCUACAGCUUACUCAGGAGAAAAUUAUGUGCUUGGAUGAAAAAAUUGAUAAUUUUACAAGGCAAAAUAUUGCACAGCGAGAAGAAAUCAGCAUUCUAGGUGGAGCUGUCAAUGAUGUGGCUAAAGAAAAGGAAUGCCUGCAAGCUUGUUUGGACAAAAAAUCUGAGAAUAUUGCAUCCCUUGGAGAGAGUUUGGCAAUGAAAGAAAAGACCAUUUCAGGCAUGAAGAAUAUCAUUGCUGAGAUGGAGCAGGCAUCAAGACAGUCGACUGAAGCCCUCAUUAUGUGUGAACAAGAUAUCUCCAGAAUGCGUCGACAACUGCAUGAAACAAAUGAUGAGCUGGCUCACAUUGCUAGGGAAAGAGAUGUCUUGGCUCAUGACAAUGACAAUCUCCAAGAGCAGUUGGGCAAAGCUAAGCAAGAAAACCAGACAUUGUCCAAAAAACUGAAUGAUACACAUAAUGAACUUAAUGACAUAAAACAGAAGGUCCAAGAUACUAAUUUGGAAGUUAACAAGCUGAAGAAUAUAUUAAAGUCAGAAGAAUCUGAGAACCGGCAAAUAAUGGAUCAACUCCGAAAAGCCAGUGAAGAUGCUGAAAACUGGGAAAAUAAGGCCCGCCAAUUAGAGGCAGAUAACAAUACCCUCAAAUUGGAACUUAUCACUGCUGAAGCAGAGGGUAACAGAUUGAAAGAAAAAGUAGAUGCCCUCAACAGAGAAGUUGAGCAACACUUAAAUGCAGAAAGAUCUUACAAGUCCCAGAUUUCAACCUUACACAAAUCUCUUGUAAAAAUGGAAGAGGAGCUAGAGAAGGUUCAGUUUGAAAAAGUGUCUGCACUUGCAGAUUUGUCUUCCACCAGGGAGCUCUGCAUUAAACUUGACUCAAGCAAAGAACUUCUUAAUCGACAGCUGGUUGCUAAAGAUCAAGAAAUAGAAAUGAUGGAGAAUGAGUUAGAUUCUGCUCGUUCUGAAAUAGAACUUCUCAGGAGUCAGAUGACAAAUGAGAGAAUCUCCAUGCAGAAUCUAGAAGCUUUGCUGGUGGCCAAUCGAGACAAAGAAUAUCAGUCUCAGAUAGCACUUCAAGAAAAAGAAUCUGAAAUUCACCUUCUUAAAGAACACCUUUGUUUGGCAGAAAAUAAAAUGGCCAUCCAGAGUAGAGAUGUGGCCCAGUUCAGAAAUGUUGUAACACAACUGGAGGCUGAUUUAGACAUUACUAAGCGACAACUAGGGACAGAACGUUUUGAAAGGGAGAGGGCUGUCCAAGAACUUCGCCGCCAGAAUUACUCAAGUAAUGCUUACCAUUUGAGUUCAGUGAAGCCAAAUACAAAAUGUCAUUCACCAGAACGUGCUCAUCAUUGAUCUCCUGACCGAGGCCUCGAACGAUCCCUAGAAGAGAAUCUUUGCUAUAGAGAUUUCUGACAUGCAGAAAGAUUCUUCCCAUACUUGGAAAGGUCAAAGUUAAUAGGUGGAUUUUUUUUUGCUAUAUGAUUGCAUUUAUCUUUUGAAUGCUUGAUGAUGUUAAAUGUAUUUAUUAAUGUUGUGCCUCUGAGUCUUUGUUCUUGUGUGCCAUAUCUCAGUGAUCAGAGAUGACUUAUACAAACAAAAGUGCAUAUGGCUGUCUCUAGCCAUACAGUAAUAGUGAGUGCAAAAUCUGCUCACUUUAUUGGACACUGUUUGUCACCUAUCCAGAGUAAAUAAAGAAGCUUUAAAAAGAAGGAAAAGUGUUUUUACAAAACUGAUUUCCUUUCCUUCCUUGGUAUCUCAAAUAAUUAGUUGUUUAAAUAUUUUUCCCUUUGAUUUAUGUUAUCAUGGCUGGAGAAGUUGUGCCCAAAUAGCACAAUUUACCAGUAGUAGCCUAGGACCCAAUAUUGCACUUUGGAACCAACCUGACCUAAGUUCCAUGCCACAAUCUGACUUCAAAGCAGCAGAAAAUAGGAGUGUGUUUGGAUGUUAAAUCCAUACUAUUAUAUCACUCAAAGACUGACAUGCAUCUUCUACAAUUGUGUUUACUCCUACUAGUUUUAGAAAGGUAGGUGAUGAUAUAUGUCAAGAAUGUAAGAUUUUUAAAAAUUUGUAUUUUAAAAAGUUUUCUUUGAAACAUUAAAGUACUGCAGUCAACCUAAUUCCUGUUUUAGUAUUUUGCCUGGGGUGGCUGUAUGUAAUCUAGAAUAGCAUGGUUUUCCCAUGUCCCCCAAAUCUCUUAAAUCUCUUAUCUGUCCAUAGAUUUUGAUUUGAUGACAUUGCACCCUGAGCACUACUAUAUUUUACUGGUGUUCGCUAUUUGUAUUCUUGCCAUUUUAAUAAAAAUACAAGUGCUGUCAUUAAUAGUAUUCAUGUGAUGUAGACAGUUUUUCAUUUUAUCUAGUGAUUAUUUAAUAUGGCUAUAAUUAUGUAGGAUAGUGCCCUGAUUUAGGUCUUUUUGAAUCAUUAACAGUUUGAUAUUUUACUAUAAAUUCAUGCUAUAUAUUUACUUUAGUUUGAUUUUUAAAAGCUUUCAAGUCUACUUGUGUAGUGUAAGAUAGUCAUUGCAGAUUGGUAAAAAUAAAGUGAGUAAUUUUAAAAAAGAUGCCCCUUUAUGAACAUUUUAAGGAAUAAUAUUCAAAAAAGUAGUUCUGACAUAUAUUCAAAAUAACCUUUCCUAGGUGACUCUAUAAUUUUGGUACUAGAUCGUCACAAUGUUAAUUUUACUCUAUUCACCCAGAAGAAUUGACAAAAGGCUGAAUGUCACCUGUGAUAUGCACUGAACACGUUAUGUGUAGAGGGCAGUAUGUUAGCAGAGGGGCAUGAAAGAAACAAGAAUGAAAUAUGUAAGAAUAUAUUUCCAUACUUGAUUUAAAGUAUGCUAUGCUAAUUCCAUUAAUUACAAAUACUUAAUUAUAAAUACAAUACUUAAAAGAAAAAUUAUAUACUAAGUAUAAGGGGCCAACAUUAUCCAAAGCUGAGAGAAACCUCAAUUUUGUUCUAUAUUAAAACUUGAAAGAAAAAUUGUUUUUGUUAAUGUAGUGUUUAAGCACAUUUGUUGCUUUAAAUGAAAUUCUAAUUUCUUACUAUAAAUAUUUAAUAUCUACUUGAUAUAGUGGAAACUACCUAAUACAAGCACAAUACCAAAACUAUAUUACAGAGAAAAAUAAUUUCUCUUGGAUCACAGCAAAAAAUAACUGAAAAAUAGUUCUCAAGUCUCAGUUGUUAUGUGGAACAUGAAAGGUCUCCUGCUGAAGUAAGGGUGUUUUGAAAGAGAAUUGUUGACCCUUUGAGCAAUUUAAAUAUAGAAUAUAUUGUAUAAAAAGCCUAUUUUGAAAUUCUAUGCACCACCAGAAUUCUUUUAGUCUUGUCUAGUCUUGUUUUCUUUUUCUUUCUCUCUUUCUCUUUCCCUUUCCUUUCCUUUGUUUUCCUUUAUCUGACUUGUCAUCCAGCUUUCUAUCAGAAGUAGAAGCAUGAGAAACCAUUCUGAAGGUCAUGAGCCAUGGUUUCAAAAGGAAUAGAUGUUAUCUUUUUGAUCUUUAAAACAUUACUACUAGUGUUCAUCCCUUUAUUAUAACUUAGCAACAAUAGGCAUAAUGAAUUAAUUGAAUAUGUUUUAAUAAUAAUAUCAGCUACAUAAGACAGAUUGGAAUCAGUUAAAAAUGUUAGUAAUUUAAAGAAAAUUAAAAGUCAUGUAAAGAACAAGAAAGAAUAUGAGUGGAAUCUACAGAUUUAAAGUCAGUUAUGAUUCCUAAGCAGUUAUUACUUCAGAAAUUAUUUGAAGUUAUACAUCCAGUUACUUUAAAAUAUAUUUUAAAAUAUCAUUCUCAUAUGAGUCUGCUACUUUUUUCUUUCCUGUCUUCCAACACAUUUUCUCAUUUCUGUGACCUUUCAUAGAAUCCACUCAGCUCCCCAAAUACUGUGCUCAAUGAAGGAUUCUUGCAUAGACAGAAAUAGUUUACAAUUCAAUUUAUAAGCCUUAUUUACCUUUAUAAGGUAGAAUGAUAGCUAUUAGUUGAGAAAGAAGAAUCUUCAAAACACAUGUAUUUGUAGUCUUUUCCAUAACAGCAAUCAUAGCAAAUCAUAGGUUUUUGAAUGGCACAAACUCAUAUUCAAAGUCAAAUCAUAAGCUAUCCAGAAUAUAACUUCUUAGACUUUUGUUAGCUCUGAACUUCUCAAGUAAAGAAAAACUCUGGCCUGCUACUAUAAGAAAUAAAGAGCUCAAGAAACCACUUUUUCAAGCCCCAAAAUGUGCUAAUUCUUUGCCCCUUAGCUUGUUUCUAUAUAACCAGAGCUAGACUAAUUAUCUUUAAAUUUUCUGUAAUUUCCCAAUUAAAUUUAAGAACACUUAAUAUUUUCAUAAAAGAAGAGUUAUAUUAAAGUUCAAAGCAUCAUUAUGUCAAGAUUUUAUGAUCUCCACGUAAUACUGAAUCUCACCAUCCCUAUCAAUAUCCUUUGAAUUAACCCUAUUCCAAAAAUAUCACUGACAAGAUAAUACAUGAUAGGUCAACUUGAACUCACUUUUUUUUUCUUUUUGUGGUACUGGGGACUGAACACAGAGCCUUCAUACUUAUACAGCCUCAGCCCAGUUUUAUAUUUUAUUUUGAGACAAAGUCUUGCUAAGUUGCCAAGUUCCCAAGUUCCCCAGGCUAGGGUCAAAUUUGUGAUCCACCUGCUUCAGCCUCCCAGAAUGCUGGGAUUACAGGCUUUCAAUAAAUUCUUUAAUUGAAAAUGUAUUCCUUGAUUUUUAAAGUAAUAUAUGCAUAUAUUAUAUUAGUGCAUUUGAAUUUAGAAAAAGAUAUUUCUAUGAUCAUAAGAUUACAGAACCAGAGGGUAUUUUUAUAAUCUUAACAUCAGACCAUAUCUAUUAGGUGCUUCUUAAUAUUUUGUGUUUUAACAGAAUUGAUAAAGUAAGCAACAUUUACAAUUAACAUGAUAAACAUGCAAUUUAAAAUACUCAAGUUUGAGCAAGUAAUAAUUGGGCACCUUCUAUUAGACAAGAACUAUGCAAAAUGCUCAUAAAUAAUAGUUCUUAAUCCAGAGUAUAGCUUUAUGACUCAAUUCCAAAGAAUCCAACCAACACUGUUCUUUUUGAGUUUUGAGGCCUAACUUAAAUUGAUGGUCAUUGUAUUUAUAUUUAGUUAAAUUAUUUUAUACUUGUCCCUUUCAAAUAUUUCAUUUUUUUCUUGUAGAGUUAGCGUAAUUUUAUUAUACUGCUUCAUUUGAUUUUCUAUGAUCAUAGGUGAUUUCUGCAAUAUUACAGUACUUAUCUCUUUUCUGGCAUUGUAUUUUGACCCUUUGCUUUUUACAUGUAUGACAAUAAAUGGCCUUUCUAGUCUA